AUGGUGGCGCUUCAGCCCUUGGACGCCAACCUUGUGGGGGCUGAUGAGGACUUUGAUGAUUACGAGGAGGACGAUGGCGGGGACGAGGACGGCGGCGGCCGCUCGGCCGCCGCGGCGCUGGGGCACGCGCUCGCGGGGCGCGGUGUUGGCGGUGUGGCGGGGCUGCGGCGGGUCGCGUCUGGGCGUGUUGCACGGAGAACGGGCGUGGUCAGCGCGCGGCCAGGGCUGCUGCUUGGGGCCCUGCUAGGCGCGGGCCUCACCAGCAAGCGCGCCCCCGCCGCGUCUGCGGCGCUGCAGGCCGCGCGUCUGCGGCAGCUGCGGCGUACAGUGUCCGAGGACGCGGCGGCGAAGAAGACGCAGGCGCAGGUGUUGAGGCAGACGGCGCAGCAGCAGCAACAACAGCAGCAGCAGCAACAGCAGCAACAGCAACAGCAGCAGCUGCAGUCAACUGAGGAGCUCAAGGAACUGGGGGAGGAAGGCCAUGAUGAUGAUGGCCAUCAGCAAGUGCAACCGCCGCCGCUGGUGCAGCAGCAGCAGCAGCAGCAGCAGCAGCAGCAGCAGCAGCAGCAGCAGCAGGGGAGUGAAGGUGCGGGGCCGCAAGGCCAGGAUGGCAGCGAGGUUGGUGCGGUAGGGUCGGCAGGCCUUGCGACACACCACAAGCAGGCAGGGCAGCCGCAGGUCUCUGCGGCAGCCAACAGGGCGGCUGAGGCCUCGCCAGCGCGCCUGUCGCAAGCGCCAGGCCCAAAGCGGCUGCAACCUGAGGCAGGCAGCGAAGUGGCGAAGGCCACAAAUGGCGGCGGCAAGCGGCAAAAGAUUGUCUUCUCCCCUGAGAAGGCCCAGAUCGCGGCUGUGCUGCCUCCCAGGACAGAGGCAGCGGGUGCGCGCUUGGUGGCCAUGCGGCAGCUGCAGCGGCAGCCACCUGACGAGGAGGUACAGCAGGGCGUCAGCGGAGGAGUUGGGCAGCCUUGGGCAGAGGCAGCGCAGGAGGAGCAGGUAUUGCAUGAGGAGGAGGAGGAGGAGGAGGACGAAGAGGAGGUGGGGGAGGAGGUUCAGAAGGAUGCCUCGCCGCCACCAGAGCAGCAGCAGCAACAGCAGCAGCAGCAGCAGCAGCAGCAGCCUCCCCGGCGAUCAGUAUUGGAGCGCCUCGGCGACAGAGGUGGCACCAUUGUCGGGGACGGCCGGGGCGGCGGGGACGUCGGGGGUGGCGGCCUGAGAACAGCAGCGGCAGAUGUAGGAGCGGGGGCGAGCGGGGGCCGCGGGGCGUCAGGGCGGCGGGCUGCGCGCCAAUCAGAUGAUGACGACAGCUGGGCAGACGCGGGGCUCGCCAGCGAGGACGAUGACGAGGACGAGGUGCAGGCGGAGCAGGCGCCAGUGCACAGUCGCGGCCGCCUCAGCGCUGUCGCCAUCGCAGCACAGCACCAGCAGCCGCAGCAUGAGCAUGAGCAGCAGGAAGAGGAGCACCAGCGGCCGCCACCUGCUGCGCGAGCGGGCAGCUCGGGGCGACCGGCCGCCGGCGCCAAGGGCGCCGCGGCACCCAGCAGCAGGCCGGCGACUGCUCCUGGCGUUGACCCAGGCAACAGCGCCAGCGCAGCAGGCACUGGGCGCCAGCAGCGGGGCCGCAAGCAGCAGGAGCAACAGCAUCAGCUGGGGCCGGCGGCUGCUGAAGCGGCGCCAUCAGUUGCAGAGGCGCCGCGCCGCUUGUCGGUGCUUUCCAGGCUCGGCCCGGUCAGCGGCGCCACGCCCGCCGCCAAGCCUUCUUCGUCGCAGACGGAGGCGCAUGGGCGUGCAAUGCGGCACAAAUCUGGUGACGAAGGCGAUGACGGUGGCGGCGGCGGCGGCGGCGGCGGUGUCGGCACGGGUGUGGCGCGGCCCUCGAAGGAGGCGGCGGUUGCAGGCUUAGCAAAAGGGAGGGAGACGAAGGAUGGGAAGAGAGACGAGGGAAAGGGCGGGGGCAAGCAAAGGGACAGGAAGCAGGAAGGGGGAGAGAAGGAUGCGCAGGGCAAGGAGAAGAAGCGCCGCAGCGGCUCGAUUUUUGGGAACGCUGUGGCGUCCCUGAGGCCAUGA